AUGUCUGACAGCGAACCCAGCAAGCUGCCCACGCCCGCGGCAUGCACAGCCGAUUUCUGUCUGAUCCCUCUCGGCACGCCGACGGCUUCCGUUUCCCAAGAGGUCGCCGAGGUGCAGCGGCUGCUCAAGAAGACGGGUGUCAAGUAUAGUAUGCAUUCGGCGGGGACGACUCUUGAAGGAUCAUGGGAGGAGGUGAUGAGAGUCAUUGGGCAGUGCCACAGUAUGCUGCACGCGAGAGGCGUAGUCAGGAUCCAAAGUGAUAUUCGCGUGGGAAGCAGAACGGACAAGAAACAGGGCUUUGCGGACAAGGUCGCUGCUGUUGAGAAGCUGCUCAAGGACGACGACAAGAAGACUGAACUGAAUGGCGAGAGCGCAGAAACGCAGACAUGA